CUUUGCGCAUGUGCAUAAAAGCGGAAGUAGAGUGCGAGAAGACCAGACAAAAUGACGACGCCGGUGGUGGAUAGCGUCCGCGAAAAGGCUCUAGCAGACUAUCGUAAAAAGCUGCUAGAGCACAAAGAGUUAGAAGCAAGGCUAAAAGAAAUGCGGGAAAACUUGAAAGAACUCACCAAGCAGUAUGAGAAAUCUGAAAAUGACUUGAAAGCCCUGCAAAGUGUAGGACAGAUUGUUGGAGAAGUACUGAAACAACUGACUGAAGAAAAAUUUAUUGUAAAAGCAACAAAUGGCCCCAGAUAUGUUGUAGGAUGCAGGCGACAGUUGGAUAAGGCAAAGCUGAAGCCUGGAACAAGGGUGGCUCUAGACAUGACCACUCUCACAAUAAUGAGGUAUUUGCCACGAGAGGUGGACCCCAUGGUGUAUAACAUGUCAGUUGAAGAUCCUGGUGCAGUGGGAUACAAUGAGAUUGGAGGUCUAGGGGAACAGAUCCGGGAACUUAGGGAGGUGAUUGAGUUGCCUCUUCUGAACCCUGAGCUGUUUAUGAGAGUUGGCAUCACCCCACCCAAAGGCUGCCUGUUGUAUGGCCCCCCAGGCACCGGCAAAACACUUUUGGCCAGAGCUGUAGCUAGUCAGUUGGACUGCAACUUUCUCAAGGUGGUGUCUAGUGCUAUUGUGGACAAGUACAUUGGAGAGAGUGCCCGACUCAUCAGAGAAAUGUUUGCCUAUGCAAGGGAUCAUGAGCCAUGUAUCAUCUUCAUGGAUGAAAUUGAUGCCAUUGGUGGAAGAAGAUUCUCAGAAGGCACAUCAGCCGACAGAGAGAUCCAGCGGACCUUGAUGGAGCUGCUGAACCAGAUGGAUGGGUUUGAUGCCCUGGGCCAGGUGAAGAUCAUCAUGGCCACCAACAGACCAGACACCCUUGAUCCUGCACUCCUCAGACCAGGCAGACUCGACAGGAAAAUAGAAAUUCCUUUACCAAAUGAACAAGCUCGACUUGAGAUUCUUAAGAUCCAUGCAUCUCCAAUUGCCAAACAUGGAGAAAUAGAUUGGGAAGCCAUAGUCAAACUCUCAGAAGACUUCAAUGGAGCUGAUCUGAGAAAUGUCUGUACAGAAGCAGGUAUGUUUGCAAUUCGUGCUGAGCGUGACUAUGUGAUCGAGGAGGACUUCAUGAAGGCUGCCAGAAAGGUGUCGGACAACAAAAAACUCGAGUCCAAACUGGACUACAAGCCAGUGUAAUGUUAUCAUGAUGUUCAAUCUUUGUCCGAUAUUUCAUGUAUGCUUUCAUUGUAAAUAAAAAAUGUCAUUAUAGAAACUAUUA